AUGUCAUUUUGGCCAUUUACUAAUUCAUUAAAUAGUAAUAAUGCAUUACUGAAAUAUCUUGAUUCAAUACAAGAUUUACAAUCAGUUUCUGUCAGUGAUUUAAUUUCUGAUCCAACUUUAUCACAAGAAUUAGUUAAUGAAUUGCAUAAUGUUAAAAACAAUUAUAAUCAAAAAAAUGGAACUACAAGUUUUACAUUCUCAAAUAUUCAAAAUGAUACUGACUCUGCAUCAUUAUCGUCAAAUAAUGAACCUGUAAAUAAUACCAAAGAUUCAAAAGGAACAAAAUUGAUAGAAUUGUUAAUUCAACCUCAUAUACUAAAUGGUUUAAUUGAAGUAUUGGAAAAUAGUGUAGAUUAUUUUAAAGAACAAGCUAUAAAAGAAGAAGAAGAACUAAGGAGAAUGAUUGAAGAAGAUGAACCAAGUACAGAUAUUCAAGAAGAAGAAGAAAUUGAAGAUAAAAAAGAGAGUUUUGAUGAUAAAAUAAAAAGACAAGUUCAAGCAGCAGCUGAUAUAUUAUCUAUUGAUUUAUGGAUAAUACUGAAUAGGAUUAUAGAAACUGAAACUAUAAUGUCUAAAUUAUGGCAAUUGAUAAAGUUAGAUCUCACUGAAAAUUCACCCACGGUAUCUUAUUUAGUUCACAUUUUAGAUCAAUUAAUGGAUACAAAUAGUAUAGAAUUAUUAAAUUUUAUAAGAAGACAACAUGAUUUAGUAGAUACAUUUUUAGAUAAAAUAGAAGUUCCAAUGUUGAUGGAUUAUUUUUUUAGAAUUAUUCAAACUGAUAAACCAGAUUCACCAACUGGAAUAAUAGAGACAAUUUCACUGCAAAAUAUAAUUAUAAAAUUGAUAAAUAUUUUAAAACCACAGCAAAACCAAUUUGAACAUGAGAAUUAUAUACCAAAUCAUCAAUUAUUUUUCAAGCAAACAGCGGCAACUGAUUUUUUAAAGGCAUUGGUGACUAUAUCUUCAAAUACGGCAUUAGCAGUAGUACUAGAAACUAAUAUAGGUCCUAAUCAAUUGACUAGAGAAUUAGUAUCACCUGAGAUCAUAAAUAUAAUAAUUAAUGAAAUCAUGUUGGUGAAAGUAAAUAUAAAUGGUAAAGUACAAACAAAUAAACAUGGUAUAAAUAAUUGCGUUAGUGUAAUUAUAGAACUAAUACGUAAGAAUAAUUCGGAUUAUGAUUUAAAUUGUGGUACUUAUUCAUCAAUGUUAAAUAAUGAUCAAGAAGUAAAUUCAUUUGUAAUGUAUAAAUAUUUAAAAGAUUUUGAGCAAAAUCCACCUGGACCAAGAGAUCCAAUAUAUUUAGGAGAUAUGUUGAAAAUAUUUUCUGAAAACUUGCCAAAAUUCCAAGAAUUAUUAGAAAUUGAACCAAUACCACCACCUAAUGCAAGUAAUAUACUUGGAUUUACAAGAUUUAAAGUGUCAGAGUUGAUUGCUGAAUUACUACAUUGUUCAAAUAUGAUAUUGCUAAAUUCUAGAAAGAUCAAAAAAAUUAUAAAUGUGAGAGAUCAAGUUAGAUUUCAGAAGGAAAAACAAUUAUGUAAAGCAUUAAAUGAAGCAAUUACAUUCCCUGAUAUAAAUGAAGUAACUUCUGGUCUUGAUGAUGUUUCAUUAGAUGAUAUACAUUUUAAACAACCUUCAAAUAUUGAAGAAGAUGAUUCAGAAGAUGAAGAACCUUCAAUAUCAACAGAUAAUCCAUUUGUAUGUAAAGAACGAGAUGACGCAAUUAGAUCGGAUCCAUGCGUGGGUGAUUAUUUUAAAAUAAAAUUAAUAGAUACAACAAUUUUAAAAUAUCUAUUAUCAUUUUUUUUCCAAUUUCAAUUUAAUAAUUUUUAUCAUAAUGUUGUAUUUGAUAUAAUUCAACAAAUUUUUAAUGGGAAAUUAAAUUCAUAUAAUAGUUUUUUAAUUGUUGAAUUAUUUAAAUUAAAAUUAACUACAUUGAUAGUAGAUAAUUAUGAACAAGAACCCAUAUCACAAGCUGGAUAUAGAGGACAUUUGAUUUUAAUUUCAGAAGAAGUUGUUAAAUUUACAUCAUUAUAUAAACCAGAUUUAAUUUCAGGAAUAAUAUUACAAUAUAUAAAUGGUAAAGAUUGGUCAAAUUUUAUUGAAAAUUAUUUAUUAAAAACUAGAGAAAUUUAUAAUGCGAUUUUGGGAUCCUCAAAUGAUGAUGAAUUUGAUGAAAAUGGAGAACAAGAACCUGAUACAGAACAACCACAAAAAAUUAUACUUGGUGAUUCAUCAAAUCAUGAUCAAUUUAUAAAUGAUAAUCAACAAGUAGCUGAAAUUCAAGUUAAAGAUAUGUCACCAAGUGGAGAUUUAACAAAACAUCAAUUAGAUGAUGAAGAUGAUAUUACUGAUGAUGUUGAUGAUUCGCCAAAUAAUUAUUUAUCUGGUAGUUUAUCUGGUAGUUCAUCAGAUGAAGAAGAUGAUGACGAUGAUGUUGUUGAUGAAGAAGAAUGUAAUGGUAAUGAAUUACGAAGAGUUCCGAUGCAUAAUGAAUAG